AUGUGCUUUGAUCAACUCUGGAGAUACAAAGCAGGGAACUUAAUAAAUCAAGUCCUAUUUGUGAAUGGAAAGGACUGGAAGUUCACCUUAAAAUCUCUCGAGCAGACCACAUUUAAGAGGCGUCUCAUACCUGCUGCUGCCGGUGGCUGGGACACAAUGGAUCACACAGGGGCACUGGACACCGAGGAUGAGCUGGGACCUUUAGCCCAUCUUGCUCCAAGUCCUCAAAGUGAAGCCGUUGCCCACGAAUUCCAGGAACUCUCCUUGCAGUCCAGUCAGCACCUGCCUCCUCUUAACGAAAGGAAGAAUGUGCUCCAGCUGAGGCUGCAACAAAGGAGGACGAGAGAACAACUAGUGGACCAGGGCAUCAUGCCACCUCUGAAGAGCCCCGCGGCAUUCCAUGAGCAGAUAAAAAGCUUGGAACGAGCCAGAACCGAAAACUUCUUGAAGCACAAGAUUCGGAGUCGACCAGAUCGUUCUGAACUUGUCAGGAUGCACAUUUUAGAAGAAACAUUUGCAGAGCCGUCCCUGCAGGCUACUCAGAUGAAGUUGAAAAGAGCUCGACUAGCUGAUGAUCUGAAUGAAAAGAUUGCUCAAAGACCUGGUCCUAUGGAGCUGGUAGAGAAAAACAUCCUUCCUGUAGACUCCAGUGUUAAGGAAGCAAUUAUAGGAGUUGGGAAAGAGGACUAUCCCCAAACUCAGGGCGAUUUCUCAUUUGACGAAGACAGCAGUGAUGCUUUGUCUCCGGACCAGCCAGCCAGUCAGGAGUCGCAGGGGUCAGCCGCGUCCCCAAGUGAGCCAAAAGUUAGUGAAUCGCCAUCUCCUGUGACUACAAACACUCCAGCCCAGUUUACUCCAGUGUCCCCAGCAGUUCCUGAAUUCUUGAAAACUCCUACUGCGGAUCAGCCUCCCCCACGGUCCACAGCACCCGUCCUCCCCCCAAGCACCACGUCCUCAGCGAAGCCCGGGCCAGCACUGGUGAAGCAAAGCCAUCCAAAGAAUCCGAAUGACAAACACCGUAGCAAAAAGUGCAAAGAUCCCAAGCCCCGGGUGAAGAAGCUGAAGUACCACCAGUACAUUCCGCCGGAUCAGAAGGGGGAGAGGAAUGAGCCGCAGAUGGACUCCAACUACGCCCGGCUGCUCCAGCAGCAGCAGCUCUUCCUGCAGCUGCAGAUCCUGAGCCAGCAGCAGCAGCACUACAACUACCAGACCAUCCUGCCCGCGCCGCUCAAGCCACUCAAUGACAAGAACAGCAGCAGUGGGAAUCCAGCUUUGAACACUACCACAUCCAACACACCGAGACAGAAUACACCUGCUCCUGUGAGAAAGCCAGGACCUCUGCCAUCGAGCUUGGAUGACCUAAAGGUAUCAGAGCUGAAGACAGAGCUGAAGUUAAGGGGUCUCCCCGUGUCAGGCACCAAACUGGACCUCAUUGAACGCCUGAAACCCUACCAGGAAGUGAACAGUGGCGGCCCUGCUGCUGGUGGCAUCAUAGCUGUGCCCACACCCGCCAUCGUCCCCAGCAACCCCGAAGUCACGGUGGCCCUGCCCGUGACAACACUACAGAACUCUGUGACCAGCUCAGGCUCCACUUUCAAGGCCGAGCUGCCCCCCGCCGGCAGCAGCAACGCAGCCCACGUGGACAGCGGUAGCUCCCCACUGCCCAUCUCACCCGCGCCUUCCGAACAGUCCAGCCUCAGUGCUGAGGACACGAGCAUGGCCGACACGUUCACCGAGAUCAUGACCAUGAUGUCCCCGUCACAGUUCCUGUGCUCUUCUCCCCUGCGGGCGACCGGCACCGAGGACAGCCUCAGCCCCACCAGCAGCACGCUGUCCACCCUGGAGCUGGACGCGGCCGAGAAGGACCGCAAGCUCCAGGAGAAGGAGAAGCAGAUCGAGGAGCUGAAGCGGAAACUGGAACAGGAACAGAAGCUCGUGGAAGUUCUGAAGAUGCAGCUGGAGGUGGAGAAGCGAGGGCAGCAGCAGCAGCGGCCCCUGGAGCCCCCGCCCCCGGCCAGCGCCCCGGCCCCAUCAGGCUCCAAGGCCGACCCGACGCGGGCCACCACUGCUUCCACCACCAAGGACGAGGCCCCACUCCCCGACGGCCCUGGCCCGGUGGCCGGCCAGACCCUUGUUGCCAAAAAGGCCGUAGUCAUCAAGCAAGAGGUGCCUGUGGCCCCGGCCGAGCCACCAAGCCUUGUCCCACAGUUUUAUGUGAGUUCCCAGGGCCAGCCGCCCGCCGGGGUCGCUCAGCCGCAGGCUUUACUGACCACGCAAACUGCACAGCUGCUGCUCCCUGUGUCCAUCCAGGGCUCCGGUGUGACCUCAGUGCAGCUCCCCGUAGGCAGCCUCCAACUCCAGACUCCACCACAAACAGGAAUCCAGCCGCAACCUCAGAUAGCAACUGCCACCUUGUCCUCGGGCCUGGCCCAGGCUGCGCCUCAGAAACAAGACGCUUUCCCAGCACAUGUGCUCAGUCAGCCUCAGCAAGUCAGGAAGGUUUUCACCAGCUCGGCAUCCAGUACAGUUCUGCCCUAUCAGAGACCACCUGCUCCAGCGGUGCAGCAGCCCUUUAUCAACAAGGCGAACAGCAGUGUCCUUCAGCCCCGAAGCACCCCGCUGCCCUCCCUGCAGAACGGCCCCAGCCCUCCCAACAAGCCCGGCUCGCCCCCUCCACCCCAGCAGUUUGUGGUCCAGCACUCUCUGUUUGGGAGUCCAGUCCCCAAGACGAAAGACCCUCCCCGCUAUGAGGAAGCCAUCAAGCAGACUCGCAGCGCCCAAUCUUCCCUUCCAGAGAUUUCCAAUGCACACAGUCAGCAGAUGGAUGACCUCUUUGACAUCCUCAUUAAAAGCGGAGAGAUUUCCCUCCCUAUAAAAGAAGAACCUUCUCCUAUCUCCAAAAUGAGACCAGUGACAGCUAGCAUCACCACAAUGCCGGUCAGCACGGUGGUGUCCCGGCCACCACCCCAGGUCCAAAUGGCACCACCCAUAUCCUUAGAACCUAUGAGCAGUCUAUCUGCCAGCUUAGAGAACCAACUCGAAGCCUUCCUGGAUGGAACCCUACCUUCAGCUAAUGAAAUCACUCCCCUGCAAAGCGGCAGCGAGGACAGAGAGCCCUUCUCCCUGAUCGAGGACCUCCAGAACGACCUGCUGAGCCACUCAGGCGUGCUGGGCCCCUCGCACUCGCCCAUGGAAACGGCCGAGGCCCAGUUUGCUGCAAGUACGCCCUGCCUGUCCCUCGACCUCUCUGACUCGAACUUGGACAACAUGGAGUGGUUAGACAUUACCAUGCCCAGCACGUCAUCAGGACUCACACCGCUCAGCGCCACCACUCCCAGCAUGUUCUCUGCCGACUUCCUAGACCCACAGGACCUGCCGCUGCCGUGGGACUAA